AUGGAACACAACUCCCAUACCUCCAUGACUGAAAAGACCAUGAAUCUGGUGCACAUGUCGCCCAGACAGACGACGGGUACGACUGUCGACGAAUACUCAGGAGAAUCGGUCAAUUUACUGCCCUAUUCGUCUGGUGAAAAACCGUCAGUAGUUAGACGGUUCGUGGAUUCUUUUAAGCCAUAUGAUUAUUCCCAGCUACCUAUUCAGUAUUUCACCUCCCAUUCUGCGGUAGACUACAUCAACUCCAAUCCACUGGAAUUUCAACCGGAAAUGCACCCAAAUCAUCCUGAUUUCGAUUACUCCAAAUUGAGUGAACUUGAAAGAAAUGCUAUUGUCACGUCGCUGCUGCCUCUUUCUAAGCAACUCAAAUCAAGACACUUGCAAAUGAUUGCGUUGGGCGGAUCCAUAGGAACUGGUUUGUUCGUUGGAGUGGGUUCGUCGCUACUGGCCGCUGGACCUUUUGGUCUACUUAUCGUAUGGCUUUUCAUAGCGCUGGUUAUCUUUGUUACGAUGUCGUCAUUGGCAGAGUUGGCGGUAGCAUUUCCAAUCUCAGGAGCCUUUAUUACAUUCAACUCUCUCUUCAUCGAUUCGCUGUGGGGGUUUGCCAUGGCAUGGAACUAUGCCCUUCAGUGGUUAGUCACCCUUCCCUUGGAGCUCGUAGCAGCAUCCAUGACGAUUCAAUACUGGAAUAGCCACGUCCUGCCGGCAGUCUUCGUUGCUAUCUUCUGGGUAUUAAUCUGCAUAAUUAAUCUCUUUGGAGUGAAGGGCUACGGUGAGGCAGAAUCAGUAUUCAGUAUCAUCAAAAUUGUGGCCGUUGUGGGUUUCAUUAUCCUUUCUAUCAUUAUCAUUUCGGGUGGUGCACCUCCUGAACACCGUUAUAUAGGAGGAUCGAAUUGGCAUGGCCCAGAUGGAGGAAUGUUCAAUUCAAGUGAACCUUUCAAGAACAUGUGUUCCACAAUAUUCACCGCAGCAUUUUCGUUUGCAGGUGUGGAGUUAUUUGGCUUAGCAUCGUGUGAAACAGCAAACCCCAAGGCUUCCAUUCCUAAAGCCAUGAAACAAGUGUUCUGGAGAGUUCUCAUUUUCUACAUUGGCUCUAUCAUCAUGAUUGGGCUCUUGGUUCCCUAUAAGCUGUCACAACUUUUGGGAAAUAAUACCAAAGCAGCAAUUGCUGGCGUCGACAUUAAUGUAUCACCGUUUGUUAUCGCCAUUCAAUCAGCAAAGAUCCCAGCGCUUCCUUCUAUCAUGAACGCUGUUAUCAUCAUCACAGUUUUGUCUGUUGGUAAUUCGAGUGUCUACGGUUCAUCCCGUACUCUUGCCGCAUUGGGUGCGUUGAGACAGGGUCCAAAAAUCUUGAAUUACAUCGACCGCCGAGGAAGACCUCUUGUUGCACUCGCAGUCCAAUUUGCUAUUGGGUUAUUAUGUUUCUUGGUACUUCUUCCCGGUAAGAAUGGAACAGCAGAUGCUUUCAGUUGGAUGCUUUCCCUACUGGGAUUGUGUUCUAUUUUCACGUGGUGGUCUAUCUGCCUUUGCCAUCUCCGAUUCCGAGCAGCAUUACGAGCAAGGGCUCGUGUGGCAGAAGAAGAAUUGGUAUAUACCACCAAUAUCUGGGGUUCAUGGUAUGGACUUAUUACUCUUGCGAUAAUCUUGGGAUUACAAUUUUGGGCUGCUCUUUUUCCGACUGGGAACGGUGGUAAGGCCGAUGUGAAAGGAUUCUUUCAAAUCUACCUCGGUGGACCAGUAGUUUUUGUCUGUUAUGCGCUCCACAAGAUCUAUGCAUACUUUUAUAAGGGGGUACCCUUGACGAAAUUUUAUUACGACGCCAAAGAAAUCGAUGUUGAUACUGGCAGACGUGAGAUCGAUCUUGAAAUCGUAAAACAAGAAAUUGCAGAGAUGAGAGAGCAGGCGAGAAACCGUCCAUGGAUUUACAGACUUUAUAAUGUAUUUUGUUAA